UACUGAGGCACUGGAUAUUGGAUGUUUGUGUGUGCGAAGUGGCUAUCGGGACUAGGAUAUAACAGUGUUUUUAGAGUCUCCUCUAAAGCUGCAGCUCAUUGAUUAUUAAUGCAAGAGAAGAGAGAAUUUGGAGGGCAAGAAAGAGAGCUGUUAAGGGAGAGAGUGAGAGAUAGUACGGGGAAAGAACAACAGAGUUGAGUACUAAUGUCAGGGGGAUUCUUUUGUCUCAUGUGGAGCAGGGUGGGGGAGGCCUCACCCUCUGACUGUAGGGACCAACAUCAGUCAGAUCAGAGCAAAUGUCAGCAUCAGCGCUCUAAAAUGUCUACCAGCCCAUAAAUGCUCCUAAAGGAGUGGUGAGAGAGUGAGUCUUCACAUAUGCUGUGGAAUAUCACUUCUGAAGGAUGGUCAAUGCUCCCAGCGCCUGUGAUUUAACGGUUAAUUUACGAUCUCCUGGGCCAGUGUGUGUGCACGUGUGAGUGAGUGAGUUAAUUUAUACAUGUGAGUGUGACCGUUUAUCAUUAGCAACAUGGCCUCGGUGAGUGUGACCUUGGAGAAUCAACUGCACAGCGCACAGAAGAACCUGCUGUUUCUGCAACAAGACCAUGCCAACACAUUGAAAGGCCUUCAUGCCGAGAUCCGCCGCCUACAACAGCACUGCACAGACCUGACAUAUGAGCUGACAAUGCGGAGCUCUGAUCCAGGCGAUGAUGGUGAGGCUCGCUGCAGAGAGCUGCAUCAGCGCUGUGAGGAACUGGAGGCUCAGCUGAAGGCUAAAGAGCAGGAGAACACCGAGCUUCUUCGGGAUUUGGAACAGAAGAAUGCCAUGAUCUCCGUGUUGGAGAACACCAUCCGUGAGCGAGAGAAGAAGUACCUGGAUGAGCUGAAGUUGAAGAGCCAUAAGUUGGCUGUGCUGUCUGGAGAGCUGGAGCAGAGAGCCAGCACCAUUGCCUACCUCACCUCCCAGCUCCACGCGACUAAAAAACGCCUUCUCGCCGGGGGCACGGCAGGGAUAAGCCCCUCCGUCAGCCCUGUCAGCUCUUUCAAACCCACCCCUCCUCCCGCUCCUACUGCGUCGGGAAACGACAAAGACGUCCGGCAACCCGAAACCCCUCGCAGGCGCAUGCGCAAAAGUCUUUCACAGCCGCUGCACUCGGAAUACACAGAGCUGUACCGGUUGGGCGCCACAGAUGGCCGUAGGGUGGUACUGAGGGAUUCGGUAGAUGCCAUGCCAGAUCCCACACCAUUCCUGCAAGCCAGAGAGCCAGCGGCUCCUGUAGAGUCUCAGCCGGUGCUUCGGGAACGCCCGUCUGUAAUCCCACCCAUCGCUUCUUCAGCCACACCCCCUGCACCAUCAAGCCCCGCCCACAUCCCAGUGCCCCCGAGUCCCAGGAAUAGUCCAGCGCGGGAGAGACCUCAUCCCCGUGCUAACGCCCAUAUAGGAGUGGCGCAUCGGAUUCACCGCUCGCCCUCAGCAGGCGGAGGUGCGGCCAGACAGCAAGCAGAAGUGGAGACCCUCGCCGUGGACCAGGUCAAUGGGGAGCAGGUGGUUCGCAAACGCUCAGGUGCAGACAGAACUGUUUAAGACUGACAAAUGCGCACAUUUACACAUCCUAAAACAGAUAGUAUAUAAACAUAGACGUAUUAAGACCAAUGCAGUAUAUGCGGAACUGUUUAUGACUGUGAAAACACA